CCGCGUGGAUAGCACGAGCCAGAAGGGAACGGGAUAAAAGGAGCGCCUGCGUUCGCCUCUUUUGUGCGUACUUUUCCCCUGCUCUGAGGUUUUCCGUAUCGGAGAGGGGAAGACGAUGGCGCUCCCAUUGGUGGGCACCGGGGGUACAUGCAGAAAAGUGGGUAGGGGUUAGGACUUUAAGGCAAGGGCUGAGGUUGUUACUGACUGGUGCUGGCGUCGUUGGUGGUCGUGGUGUUUGAUGGAGCCAGGGAAGCCGGACAGCUUCUGCCGAUCAGUUCAGGCAGACAGGCUGCCGGAAUUCCAGCAAUCUGCCGGCUCCCGCUUCCCGGCGAGCUAUCUGCAGCAAGCGAGUUCUGGUCCCUCUGAGUCAAGGUCAGAAGCAGAAGUACAAGAUGCAGUUGCAGCAAGGAAAGUUCAGAAAGCAGAUCGUGAGAAACUCAGGAGGGACCGGCUCAAUGAGCAGUUUGUGGAACUGGGAAAAGCGCUAGAUCCAGAUAGGCCUAAAAAUGACAAGGCAACCAUACUGAACGAUGCAAUCCAAAUGGUUAAGGACUUGACGGCUCAUGUAAACAGGCUAAAAGCCGAGUAUGCUUCUCUUUCAGAAGAAUCACGUGAAUUGACACAGGAAAAAAACGAGCUUAGAGAAGAGAAGUCUGCUUUGAAAAGUGAUAUCGAUAAUCUCCUAGUUCAGUACCAGCAAAGGGUCAGGGUUGUCUAUCCAUGGGCCACCAUGGAUCCUUCGAUGAUGAUGGGAGCUCCUCCAUAUUCCUAUCCAGUGCCUGUUCCUGUCCCUUCAGGGCCCAUACCCCUGCAUCCCUCUCUUCAGCCAUUUCCGUUCUUCAGGAACCAGAAUCCAGGCUCUGUUUCCAAUCCAUUCCCCGUUUUCCCACAGUAUUCCCCACCUGUGAGUUCAAGCGUUGAUCAUUCACUAGCACCAUAUGCUCCUAGUGUACAUCCACAAUCGACUAACAGAAACCAAACACCGAGCAAGCAGGAGUCCAGAAACAAGUCAUCAGAACGACAUGUUGAAAGUCUUGCUGAGAGAAGUUGCGCCUCUAAUGAUGUGGCGACUGAUCUGGAGCUGAAGACUCCAGGAUCUGCACUACCUUCGUCUUCUUGUGACCCCGGUCCUGAGCAGGGCAAGUUAGCUGAAGCAAGAAAAGGAAAAAGAUGCUUGUCACCGAGGAAAGGAGUAGGCGUUGCAGAGAGCUGUUCAAGCAAGUGUUCUUCGUCACGUUCUCGACAAGAUAGUUCCUCCAACAGUGUCGGAGAUGGAUCAAUUGCUAACGGGUAGAUAUUAACAUGCAUGGCAGAUCAUUGGUUUUAUGGACUAGUUUAAGCCCUAAGAUGAAAGCAACAACAGAAAAGCUGGAUUCCAGUUUGCCACCCCUGUCAUUGGUAAUUAGUUAACUAAUGCAGAUUCAUGCCUGAUAUGACAAAUGAGAUUCUCUCGCUGGUUGGCCCUGGAAAGAGUCAUGGUUGAAGUCCUUGUUCCGAACCAUGAGGACAAAUGUUUCCUCUUUUAAUUUUAUGGUUCUAUAAUAAGUUUCACAAGUAUUCUCACAAUAAA